AUGGCUGCUGAUGGGGUGGACGAACGCUCGCCUCUGCUGUCAGCAUCCCAUUCGGGAGAUGUCACUCCCACCGCCCCACCGUACUUGCAAGAAAGCAGCCCCAGAGCGGAACUCCCACCUCCAUAUACAGCCAUUGCCAGUCCAGAUGCCAGUGGUAUUCCAGUAAUAAACUGCCGUGUGUGCCAAUCUCUAAUCAAUUUGGAUGGCAAGCUUCACCAGCAUGUCGUUAAGUGCACGGUUUGCAAUGAGGCUACACCAAUCAAAAAUCCCCCAACAGGGAAGAAAUAUGUUAGAUGUCCUUGUAAUUGCCUCCUCAUUUGUAAGGACACAUCUCGACGAAUAGGAUGUCCAAGACCCAACUGUAGACGCAUAAUUAACCUUGGCCCAGUAAUGCUUAUUUCUGAAGAACAGCCAGCCCAACCUGCAUUGCCAAUUCAACCAGAAGGCACAAGGGUUGUGUGUGGGCACUGUGGAAACACAUUCCUGUGGAUGGAACUGAGGUUCAACACUCUGGCAAAAUGCCCACACUGCAAAAAAAUCUCCUCAGUGGGUAGUGCACUUCCACGAAGACGCUGCUGUGCAUAUAUUACCAUUGGAAUGAUAUGUAUUUUCAUUGGAGUUGGAUUAACUGUUGGCACCCAAGAUUUUUCAAGGCGAUUUCAUGCAACCUAUGUUUCUUGGGCAAUUGCUUAUUUCUUAGGUUUGAUCUGCCUUAUCCGAGCUUGUUACUGGGGAGCCAUACGAGUCAGUUAUCCAGAACACAGUUUUGCAUAA